GUGGCUAUCGCAGCCCGAACAGCGCGUGAGGGGUGUGCGCGGCGUGCGUGUGUGCAGGCGCGAAUGGGUGGAAUCCUCGACCAGCAACUGCCGUGAAACUCCCGCAUCGUAGCAUGCCACCGACGCGAAUGCAAGUCGCGGUCCGGCUGCGGCCCCGCCUCACGACCGAGUCACACGAAAUCGAAGCUGCUGUUGCCAUGUCCAACCAACGAGUUCAACUGGUGUCCACCCCCCGCGCCGCGCGACGCCCCGCGUCGUACAAGUUUGACCAUGUUUUCACGCCCCGCGACUCGAACCAAGUCGUGUUCGACACGUAUUUGAAGCCCCUCGUGCGCGCCGUCUUGAAUGGAACCCAUGCGACCGUCCUGGCGUACGGCCAAACGGGAACGGGGAAGACUUUCACGAUGCUCGGGCGUGACCUGUGGGGGCUGUGUGCGGGCGCGGCCACCGGUGAUCCCGACGACGGGGCGGCCAUGAGAGGCGGCGACGACCCCACCCAGCGAGGCAUCAUGUACCUGGUGGCCGAAGCGUUGCUGGCAUCGCGACGAGGGCCGGUCACGUGCUCGUACUUGGAGCUGUACAACGAAAAAGUGUACGACUUGACCAAAGCCACCGCGACCGAGGCUGGUGACGACGACAGAGUGCCUCUGGAUUUGCGGGAGGACGCUGUCCAUGGCGUAUUUCUUCCCGACCUUCGCGUGCAUCCUGUCCAUUCGGUGCACACCCUGACGGACAUUUUGUGGCGCGGUGCCCAUACCCGCACGAGUCGGGCCACCACCAUGAACGAGCGAAGCAGCCGCAGCCACACGAUUUUGCAGCUUCACGUUGAGUCGGCGGACGGGACAACAGCAACCAUGAAUCUCGUCGACUUGGCCGGGUCUGAGAAGAGUAAGAAGCACGCCCCACGCCACCACAGUCAAGACAUGAAGGAGCUCAAGUACAUUAAUCAGAGCCUGUCGACCUUGGCUCAGUGCAUCUCGGCUCUUAUCCGCCGCGAUCGAAUACCCCACCACGUCGGCAGUGGCUCGUCGUGGGGAGCACUACCUGCGGCCGUCCACGUCCCAUACCGCAACAGCAAACUCACGCGAUUGCUCCAGCCGAGCUUAGGCGGGGGCGGCCUGUGCGCGUUCAUCGUGACGCUUAAUCCAUGCAAGAGCAGCGCCCAAGAAACGCUGUCGACGCUGCAGUUUGCAUCUAGAGCGAUGAAAGUGACGUGCGAACCGUGUGCAGAGCCCCGGCCAGGUGGGGAUGGCGUGCACCCUCCCCCGCCGCGCAUCGAUGACACGGUUGUGGCGGCGCUACGAGAUGAAAACCAGACGUUGCGGCAGGCAUUGGCCGCGGAACGACUACAAAAGCGAACGCUGCUCCUCGGCUUUACGUCGCUUUUGAACGCUGACAGCUCCUCUAACCUGGUUCCCAUCGAGACCCAGGACGAGAUGGCGGAUCACUUGCUUGCCAAGCUGUCGUCCAUCGAGCGAACCAUGCAGCUGCAGCUUCAGGACGUACAAGCGACGAAGCUCGCGCUGUCGUCGACCGCAGUGUGUGGCGGCAGAGAGUCUGCACUUACGGAGAACUUUGAACCCGAGGAUCCCAGCGGAACGACCAGUGGCGGCGUCGAAUCGACAUGGGAAGAAUACAUCGAUGCCUCGACUGGAUACAAGUACUACCACAAUGCUACCACGGGUGUAACAACAUGGACGAAGCCGCGUCAAGACGUGCGGGUACCUGACUGCACGCAACCGCUAGUCCAGCAGAAUACGCUAGAAUCGGCUUGAGUCCAUCUAUCCAGCCCGCUUGAGCUCCCAUGGCAUCUCCGACCCCGCUCUCUAAAAUGCCUAAACGGAUGAAGUGCGCCUGGCACAACCUGUGCUCACCUUUGUCAAGGUCACACAUGGAUGUGUAAGACCUGUUGACCAGUCGCGUCCAAGCACUCUCAGUUGCCGAGCGCAUCCAAACAAGACCCUCUUGACACAGGGCAUUUGACGAAAUGAAACCAUUCCGCGCCAGUACAUGCAAGCACUUCGUGCCCCACCAGGUAGACAGAUAAACACAAGUGAAUCCAAGUCCCGGGAUCCGCGCCAGUAGAAGCUCUUCGAUCACAUUGUGAACC